GCUAGUUGCUAUUGUAGUGUGUGUGUUGGUGACUCGAGAAAGAGAAAGACAAGAAGAAAAGAGAAGAGAAGAUCGUAAGGUAGAAGAAGAUGGAAGAAGCUUCAAAGACCAUUCCACACCAAAUCGGAGGUGUCCACAACGAUUUGCUCCGCUUUGGAAUCCAUGGAGUCAAGAGCGACAUCGUUGGUGCUCACCCUCUCGAAUCUUCCCUCGCAUCUGCUAGGAGCACGGAAGAAGCGAUGAAGAGGCAGUGCAAAGUCAACUUGUAUGGAGCUGCUUUUCCACUCAAGGAGGAACUUGACAGGCAAAUUCUGUCUCGGUUCCAGAGGCCUCGCGGGGCAAUUCCAUCUUCAAUGCUGGGUUUGGAGAUUGUUACUGGAAGCCUUGAUCACUUUGGUUUUGAGGAUUGUCUUAAUGACCCUCGUGAAUCAGAGACUUCACUGCCAGUGGACAUGCAUCAUGGGAUGGAAGUUCGUCUUGGUCUAUCUAAAGGACCAGUGUACCCAAGUAUUGUAUAAUUCAGUUUCACUGUUAUUCUAGUACCAAAAAUAUGAGAGUAAUUUUUAAUUGAAGCUUCUCGUUAUUGAUUAGAAGGAAAGUGUCCAAGGAACAUGCAAGUUUAUUCAUAGACUUAUGUUUUCCUCAUAACAUAUUUGAAUCAGUUUGUUUUUCCCAGAAA